ACGAACGCUCAGCCGACGCUGGAGGGAGAUUUGAGAGGCGCAUGGAGGACGAUCGGUCGGCCUCAAACUUUGCUGACUGCUGUUGAAACUUGAGUUGUUUUCUUGUGUUAUCACUGUAUCCUACCUUUUUGCCAUCAUGUCUUCAGACAGUGACAUUAAAACGACGCCGAAAGGGUUUUACUGCAGCCUGUGUAAUGUCAACUUACCCAACAUGCCGAGUUUGGAUCAGCAUGUGACGGGACGGAAGCAUCAGACACUGAGCAAUGUUCGAGCCACCAGGAAGACCCAGGAGGACCACAGUGUGUUCGUCAGUGGAAUCAAACCAGAAAUCUCUCAGGCUGACUUAACUGAAUACUUCCAGCAGUUUGGGACAGUCGCAGAUGUUAUCAUGGAUAAAGACAAGGGUGUGUAUGCCAUCGUGCAGUUCAGUGAGACUGAGAGCAUCCAAGCAACUCUGUCUUGUAUCGAGCAUCAGAUGAAGGGCCUUAAGCUUCGUGUCAAACCUCGAGAAAAGAAGGAAUUCAAGUUGAUUCCCAAGAAGAAGAAUGACCCCCAGAACCUCCAGCAAGUUAUUGACCGUCUGAAACCUGAGCUGUGUCAGCUGGUGUCUGUGGAUGCACAGAUGCAGUUCAUUCUUGAGCGAUUUCAACUGGGAGAAAAUGAAAAGAAGGCCCGAGGCUUGCUGGUUCAACUCCUGCAAGAAGUUUUUGUAGAGUUUUUCCCAGACAGCCAGAUUCUGCCAUUUGGUUCAUCUGUCAACACUUUUGGCAUCCACUCCUGUGACCUCGACCUGUUCCUCGACCUGGAAAACACCAAAGUGUUCCAGGCCCGUGCAAAGUCCACCACAGAACAGGCUGGAGAAGGCAUGUCAGAUGAUGGCCACUCUGAGGACUCCAUGCUGUCUGACAUUGACCUGUCCACAGCAUCUCCGGCUGAGGUUCUGGACCUCGUGGCAACAAUCUUGAAACGAUGUGUCCCCAGUGUGCACAAAGUCCAUGUGGUCAGCAGCGCUCGUCUCCCUGUAGUCAAGUUCCAUCACCGCGAGCUUAACCUUCAGGGGGACAUCACCAUUAACAACAGACUAGCAGUAAGAAACACCCGCUUCCUCCAGCUGUGUUCAGGGAUGGAGGACAGGCUGAGGCCUCUGGUGUACACGAUCCGCUACUGGGCUAAGCAGAAGCAGCUUGCUGGUAAUCCCAGUGGUGCUGGUGCUCUUCUAAACAAUUACGCUCUGACUCUGCUGAUCAUCUUCUUCUUACAAAACUGUGAGCCUCCUGUGGUGCCCACAGUGGACCAGCUCAAAGACAUGGCCUGUGAGGAAGAAGAGUGCGUAAUUGAAGGCUGGAACUGCACUUUUCCCAGUCAGCCGAUUGCUGUGCCUCCCAGCAAGAACACACAGGACCUCUGCACUCUGCUUGCUGGCUUCUUCUCCUUCUAUGCUAAGUUUGAUUUUGCCAGUAGUGUCAUAUCACUCAGAGAGGGCCGUGCACUCCCAAUCACAGAGUUCCUCAGUCAGAACAAAGAAGAAGACGCUAUGCAAGAGGAACAACCAACCAAGGGUCAUCACCACCGUACCAAACUGGGCCCCCUGAAUCUCUUGGACCCUUUUGAGCUCUCACACAAUGUAGCUGGAAACCUGAACGAACGCUGCCAUCGCAGUUUCCAGAGGGAGUGCCAGGAGGCUGAAAAGUAUUGCCGCAGUCUGCAGUACCAGCGCAAGUCCACCAAGGGGAAGUCAUGGGGGCUGGUGCGCCUUUUUACCCCACAUGGGGAAGUCCAACAGACCAAAACAGAGCAGCUGACCAUCAGCAUCCCCUUCAAAUCAGCAUCGCUCCCCGAAGGACUGCGCAGUCAGCUGCACAUGGCUGGAGAUGAUUUCCGGCUGUUGUGGUUUCAGAAGGUUUGUUCCGCUGUGGAGGGAGUGUUAAAAACUGUUCUUAAGUGUCACCUUGUUCCCUCCACAAAUGCCGUAUUCGCCGAUGAUUCAGCCGAUGCUACUGAGGAGAUGGAAACUACUUCAGCGUCGCUCAAAUCAUCAGCAAACGACAGCUUUGACGGCGUUGAAUCCCAAAACGAAACCAGCCCUCUGGGUACAGUUGUCGUAGGUGCCAAGAGACCACUGUCUUCUGGCAGCGACGCUUCUGUGUCGCCUCAAGGCAAAAAGCCAAGACUGGCAAGAAGGGGCAGGCCUGAAUUCCCUCAGUGGCUCUGUGUGCAGAAGCACAUAGUGUGGGCUGGCAGGAGGAAAGUGAGAAGGGAGCUCAUCAAAGAUACAGACUCGAGGCCAGAGGGAAGCUGUGUGGAGCUUGAGUCUCAGGUCACAGCUUACAUCACUGAAAAGGAGCCGGAGCUCAAGGAGCCUCUGGAGUUCAAGGUCCAGACCCAGAUGGUGGGUGGGACUGAAAGCACAAGGGCAGUGCUCAAGUUGGAGCCAAGCAGUGACAAGACAGGAGUUUUUCAUGACUUCUUUCAUUUCCUUGAAGCUUUCUUGCCCAAGAUGGUAGAGACACUGCUACAGAAAGAAGUGGACAGUGUUUGAAAUGGGGCCUGUUCCAGACAAGUCUCCAGGAAUGUCACAAGUUUGAGUUGUGUUUGUUUUGAUUAAGAGAUGCGACAAAAAUGAAACCGUGAGAGUGUGAGCUGAAGGAGCAUUAACGUGGCUUUAUAUUAACCAGCCGUCUGUUAUGAUACUCUAAACAUGGGCUUUGUCAGAAUGUCAAGUUUGUAAUUGUUUGCAUUUUGAACUGUAUUUUUGUACUCAUGAGUUCAUUAGUGUUUCAUUGUAAGAUGUCCUGAUUAAGCCUGCUUUUAAGUUUGAAACAUGGUUUGGUUUUAGUACGUUUUUGAUUAAAAUAAUGCUCUUA